GAGCUGUCAACCGUCGAUGACGUCAAAAGUGUGCGACCAAAGUCAUGCGUACAGUUUUUCCUAACCAUGAAGCGAUUACAGAAAGACCGAAGCUGAGUUAGUGUUUCCAGUUUGACCGCCUGCGGAAGGAGUGAGUCUGCUUUAAACCGUCUAUAGAGAAACCUGCGCCAUAGUGGUCUCCAUGUGUCUCAUGGUAUUUGUAAACAGCAAGGUUAGCUGUCUGCAGAGUGCAUAAAGGAUAACGUGGAGCUGAGUGAGCAUGAACAGUUUCUAAAAACAAAAGUCCACCUUCAUAACAUGGGCUCCACCUUGCUAUCUAAAGUCAGGAUAUGCUUCAGACCCCUAAAGCCUCACCUCGCCAUAAAUACCUCCUUGUGUGAGAAAGCACAGUCGCCUCCCACAGCACGCUGUCUGUCCACCAGAGACAAUAACCCUAACUCAGGUGGCAGACAGACGGCCGGAAGGAACAGCGGACAGACCGACGGACACGGUGGAGUAAAGUAUGGGAGCGUCAGACAUAGACAAGGGGGGCUGUGGGAAGACUCGGCGGAUGGAGGAGGCAAGAGCUCCACUCUGAAGCAGAGGCCGUCCUUUCCCAAAUCGGUGUUUUCUGCUGGGACGGCGAAGAGGACGACAGAGAUGCUGAAGAGGAAAGCGGCUUUGGCUUCUGGGGAGGAGGCGCCUGAUGAAGAGCUUGAAGUGAGGGCAACUAGAGGAGCAGGAAAGGUGAAGCCCCCUGACCGGCCACUUUCUGCUGCCGAGUGGGGGAAGCUGAAGGAGUCUCUGGGAAAUCCACAUCGUUUUGACAUCAAAAUGAUCUCUGCGCUGUUCACCUCCCGGGCAGAGCUGGCCAUCGCCAAGUCUCUGCUGACUUUUGUAGCCACGGAAACGGGGACGCUGUCCUACGAGCUGUUACUACUGUACCUCACACUGUGUGUGAGGGGGGGCCACGAUGAAGAGGUUUUCGAUGUCUACGACAUCAUGCGGGGAAGUUUCUCCUCUCUGGAAACAGGAGCCACCAGCCUCUUUAUCAAGUCCUUCAGUCGCACAGCGAGGUGGAGGGAAGCUGUCGACAUACUGCAGGAGGUUAAGAAGGUCUUUACGCCAUCAUCACGCAACUAUGGUGACCUCAUUGCAGCAGCAAUGUUGCACGGUGACAGGACCACGGCCUGGGCUUUUUAUGAUGAAUUAUUCGAAAAGGGGCUGAGCCCACACCCGGAGACCUGGGACGCUCUGUUUAAGGGGGCGAGGAAGACUAAGGAGGCAGAAGGGGAGGAAGCAGAGGCCAUGCCUUGGUCGGAACACCAGGAGAGGCUGCUGGGGAUUCUGCUGCACAUGAGGGACAACCAGAUCUACCCCCAGUCCAGCCUCGCAGGCACCAUCAAGACCUGGUUCGAGAGUCUCAGAGGACAGAAAUGGAGAGGAAAUUGGACCAGCGCCACCCCAAAGGGUCUGUGUAGGUGUUGUGAGUCAGAGUUGGAGUCCAUCCAGCUGACCGCUGAGGAGUACCAACAGCUGAAAGACAGGGUGAUGACUGACAUCAUUCAGGGACGAGAUAUUUUCACCAAGACUACACCAGAGGAGUUGGAGCGUUUUAAAGCAUUUGUGCAGAGGAAGCCCGCUUUUGAUGUGGUUGUAGAUGGACUGAAUGUAGCAAAUACCAACAAGGACAAAAGCCAGCUGUCAGCGACGUUGUUGGCAGUGGUGUCGGAGCUGGACCGUCAGGGCCUGACCGUUCUUGUGUUGGGGAGGAAACACAUGCUGUAUCACACCAGGUCCUGGGACAAACACAGCAUGCGUCUCAUCCAGCAAAAAGCCCACUGCUUCUUUACUGAAAACAUUUCGGAGGACGACCCCUUCCUUCUGUACGCCACAUUGCAUUCUGGGAAUCACUGUCGGUUUGUGAGUCGGGACCUGAUGAGGGACCACAAGGCCUGCCUCCCUGAUGGACACACCAGGCGGCUCUUCUUCAAAUGGCAGAGAGGACACCAGCUGGUGGUGGACGGACAAGUCGCAGCAGACCGGAGGGUCCGAUUUCAGAGUAUUCCCAGCUAUGACACCAGUGUCCAGACUUCAGGAGACUCGUGGCACAUUCCCUACGAUAACACAGGGGACAGGACCACCUAUGAAGUACCACAGCAAUGGCUUUGCCUCACACAGAAACACUGACCACCCACACACACACACACACACACACUGAUUUCACAUCAUGGCAUUUUGGUGGCAAAUCAUUUCUGUGAAUCAAAUGCUUUGAAUGUAACAGUGGACCUGUGAUUAAAAAAUUUACCACAA